UGUCUCACUUCUCCACCUGCACACACCAACAGAGGCAACAGAGGCAGUAGAACCGAGCUUCGCCUUCAGUUAAUCACGGGCUGUUUGUGAAAGCAGAAGCUCCUGCGCUGUGCAGGUGGAUGUCGGCCUGUCGGCCCGCGGCCCCCGUUCGCCAUGGCAGCGGCUCUGCCGGAGUGUUACCACGGCCCGAUGACCAAGAGGGAGUGUGAGGAGGUUCUGGGGAGGAAGAACAAGGACGGAGCGUACCUGAUCCGAGAGAGCGAGUCCAUCCAGGGAGCGCUGUGUCUCUGCGUCUACAAACAGAAGGUGGUUUAUACCUACAGAAUCCUCCAGGCGCACAACGGAAACUACACCCUGCUGACAGCAGGAGGUUUGCAGGAAACGUAUUUUAAGACUCUGGGCGAUUUAAUCCGUAAUUACAAGAGGAAGAACCAAGGACUGGCCGUUCAUCUGCGCCACGCGUUGAAAAGAAAAACGCCCAUGUUGAUCCAGCCGCCGAGGAGAACAGAAACACAACCUGAAGCUUCGGCCGGAGCGUCGGCCAGAGGAUGGGGCGGAGGAUCAGCUGGAGGAUCAGCAGGAGGAUCAGCAGGAGGAUCGGGUGGAGGAUGGUGUGGAAGAUGGGGUGGAAGAUGGGGUGGAGGAUCAGGAGGAGGAUCAGCAGGAGGAUCGGGUGGAGGAUCAGCAGGAGGAUCAGCAGGAGGAUCGGGUGGAGGAUCAGCAGGAGGAUCGGGUGGAGGAUCGGGUGGAGGAUGGGGCGGACACUCAUUGCAGAGAGGAGCUGCUCCUUUACCUGAAGAGGAUAAUGACUAUGAAAAUGCUCCAAAUUCAGAUUAUGUGGAAGUUAUUCCAGAUUAACUGUCAAACCAGCCUGAAACCGAAGGACAACAAGAACACAGACUGAACUUUAUUUGGGAUUAGAUGCUUUAUUUUUUAUGCAAAGCUCUGAGGAGAUUUAUUGCAUUUGCACAAUUUAGGUAAAAAAAGCCUGAAAAGGUGUGUGAAUGUAGAGUGAAUGUCCUCCCAGUUAUUGACUCUGAAUGAGAGGAUGAACUUCUGCAGUUUCUCUGUGAGCGCAGAAGAAGAAGAAAGAAGAGAAGUAGCGCUCUGCAAUCACAAAAGCUGUAUUUACUUUGACAUUUUGUUUUACU